CAGGCACGGAGGGAGCGAGAGAGAGAGGGAGGACGAUGAUGAUGAUGAUGCUGCCGGUGGAAAAUGGCUGCUGCAUCCUCGAGCCCAUCCGAGACCAUAUGAAGGUGGACAGAGAAAGACGAGAAAAUGAGAGCAGCGAGCACAAGGAGUGAGUGAACGAGAGACCGUGUGCGUGCGUAUGUGAGCGAGAGUGUGAGAACGCGCGCGUGUGUGUGUGUGUGUGUGUGUGUGUAUGAGUGUGAGAACGCGCGCGCGAGUGUGUGUGUGCUCGGUAAGAAGGGGAAUAAAAAAGACGAGAGACCGGGGGGCAGCCAGCUCGAAGCGGCGGGCAACACUGAGCCAUGGAGGGCGAUGUGCGUGUCCGAGCGGUGGUGAUGACACGUGACGAUUCUAGUGGUGGCUGGGUGCCCCUUGGAGGCGGCGGCCUCAGUCAUGUGGUCAUUUGUAAGGGGCGGAGCUCUGAAGGUCGUGGGCGGAGAGAGUACGUCAUACGUGGAGAACGGCUACGCUAUCGAGCACCUGUGCUGGAAUGCGCCAUUCAAAAGGGUCUGGUCUACAACAAGGUGAACCCCAUCUUCCAUCAUUGGCGUGUGGAGGAGAGGAAGUUUGGUCUGACCUUCCAGAGUCCAGCUGACGCCAUCUCCUUCGAGAGGGGGCUUCAAAGUGUCCUUGAGAAGCUGGACAGAGGAUCUGACUCGCCAUCCUCCCCGACACCUGAAGAGGGCGACACUGAGGAUGACGGUCAAGCAUCUGUCUCAGUCUCAUACAGGGAGUGAGUCGUCAUCCAACAGCAGAAAAGAGAUGCUACCCAAACCCAUUACCAUUGUGACCAGUGAGUCCUCCUCCACCUGUUUUGUGCACUCCACAGAGGAGUUUGCGUAUGGGACAGGGCAUGCUGUCACGACGCAGACCCCGGCCCAGAUCCACACCCGACCUGCCCAGAACCAGCUCACCCAAGUUACCGCCGUUUUAAUAUCCCCUCGCCCCCUCCGAGGCCGUCUGCUGCAUUCCGCUCUUCUCUGCUUGGACCCUUCACGCUCGUACCGGUGGUGGGUGCAUGGGUUCGGGAAGAUCGCUUUCUGAUUUGCUGGUCGUUGGGGUCAGGGGUUGUCUCCGGGAGGUGGGGAGUGAAUGGGGAUCAGUGACGUGUAAACAAUUGUUAGUUUUUUUUCUCUUGGGUUUUAUUUAUUUAAUUUAGGGAGAAAAAUUAGAUGAAAAAUUUUUAUAGCUAUGGUUAUCAGACCUUUUUUGAGUAUAUUAUUUUACUUGAACUAUUGAAAGAUAUUUUUUGGCAACUGAUUAAUGAAUACACUCCCCUCGUACCUCUAAGUUACUGAGUUUUACCUCAAUGUCCAGUGGAGAGGAAGGCAGAUAGAGAAAGAGACACUUAUUUCGGGGACUGUGCUGUGGUGAGGUUUUGUAUAUGGUCUUUACAGUAGGUUUUUCACACACGUUCGGCCAGAACAUAUUUGUGAAGGAGAACAUUUUGAUGUCGUAUCACUUUUAGUUGUUUGAGAACAGGGAACGUGAACGGUCUGAUCGAGGGCAGUUUCACCAAAACCACAUACAUACUUUCACCACAUACAUGUCAUUCUUCUGUCAAGAUUAUAGUUGUAUUGAACUUGCCAGCAACCAAGAAUGUUGCCUAUAUUUGACCAAAAAAAGUGGAGAGAUAAUCUAGACAUGAAUCUGCCGAACAUUUGCACAGCAAAUGUGAACCGAGGCCUUGAAAUGUAGUUGAACACACCACCAAAAAUACAGUGCAAUUAGUUAUUAGUAAGAAGUAAAGAAUAAAAAGCAAAGGCUUGUUGUGUGUGACACAACAUUUUAACUUUAUCUGUCAGUAUGGCAACAAGAGAAGUACUCAAUCGUUAAGUAUAACGAGUAACACUGCUCCUCACGUGUGCUUUUGAGCUGUGUCCUAAACAGAGCAACGAAGUGACAGGACAUUUUGUCUGUGGAGUUGUGCUGGGUAGCCCCGCCCACAGUGAAAUCCCAUUGGUCCAGAAACAUCAGCUAUGUUCCGAAUGGCUCUGACUGUAUUACAGUAUAUUUUGUUUUCACUGUGGACAGACAAAUGACUUGAUGCUGAAAACUUCGUCGUCUGGCUAAAGGACACACAAAUUUAGACCAAUCAGUUCAAACACUGCCUGGCAUAACGGUUUGGACCUCAAAGUGUUAAGAAAUAUUGCUUUAAAUAUCUCAAAGCUGCUAUUUCAACUCCCCUAAACUUGUCAUACCUCGCUGCUAGUAAUGAGGAGUUAGGGAAUCAGACACAGCCCUGUAGUCCAUUUUUGAGUUAGGAACACAAUGAUGGUUUCUCCAUCAAUGUUGUAUUAACUGCUCAUUAGAGUCACUUUAAAAGAAAAGGGUUUUUACAGCAAGAUGAGCCACUAGACUAUUCGAUCUACACACGUGCAUUGUAUUUCACUGUGCAUCUGGAGUCCAUUUUUGAAGAUGUGAGACAUUCUCUCACACACACUCUCACUCACUCUUUAUGGGCAGAAUAUUAGACAUGAGUAGAGAAACACAAAAAGCCCCAAAAAUAGCACUGGAAAAAAGAACUUUGCGAGAUGAGACCACCCUUGAGGGCCCUAGUCAUACAUCCUAUUAAUAAAUGUGCCUUUUGAUUUAUUUAACCAAUAACCUAUAAUUUCUAAGUAACAACAUACCUAAAUACUCAUUUUCUUUUUCGGGUUGUUUAUUUCUGCCAAUGUGCAUAUUUUAAUAUGUAUGUGUCUAUUAGUUUGAAAAGUAAUCAAUGGAAAAUAUUACCUGUUUAUAUAUUUAUUGAGAUAUUUAUUCUAAUUCUUUAUUUAUUUUUGGAGACGGGUUUUUAUUUUCUGUGCUGUCUUACUUCUCUGACUUUGUGCCAAUUUGCUGCUUUGAGGUGUUACAUAUCGUGGGUUUGUAUCAUUAAUUAAACCCUAACUCUAUAUUUUAAUGAAAAGUUUGCACUCUGAUUCGUGUUUACAUGUGAUUAUGUACACUAAUACUGGGAUGGCAUCAUUC